AUGGAGAAGCAAACACUGCGGAGUUUAACCAGACAAGCCACCACAUCAGCCAAAUACGUGUGGCUUUGCCUUCUUUCAACAUGCGUGUUGGCGACAUAUUACCUACUCAAGCUUCUACCGAUCUAUCAUACAAGUUUAGAAAUCCCCGACUUGCCGCUGCUGGAACGUGGUGACGCGGGCGAUUUUUUGCAAUUAAAACACAUUUUCCAUCAUGGCACUGGACCUAGGGACUACAGGAUCCACAAGAGAUUAGACAUUACCCCAGAAUACCUUGGCAAACACGCGGGAUUUUUCCAAAAACAGGCACAAAAUAUGGCGCACGAAACAAGGCCAGGGCCAACCGAUGCUGAGGCACUGGACUCGUCAUACACCAUCAACACCAACGACUACGACUGGCCGCAAGUUUUCGCAGGCAAGAAUCCAUUCGACAUUCGACUCCCCUUUAAGCAACAGGAUGGCACAAUCACGAGACUACGAGAUAGGAACGAGCCCGAGUUUGUCGAGAGCUACUUGGACUAUGCGCGGUCCGUCAAUGGCAACGCCCAGAUUCUAGACAAGAUCAAUUUAGCAUGGAUCGAUGACGAGGUAUCGAUCCCCAAUAUCACCGAUAAGGACACCAUAGUCACGCUAGCUACGAUUUCGUCGAACGCGUAUGUGCGGUUCCCGCAAGAUGACGACGAAAAAAAGAAGUCGGACUGGACCGAUGUGGGAGGCUGGCAGCCCGAUGAAAACCACCGCGAUGUCAAUUUCGGAUGGCAGGACAUUGGGCUCCGCGGACACGUCUUUGUGAGUCUGGAUAACAAAACGGUUGUUAUUGGCAUCAAGGGCACGUCAGGCGCGGGGUUGCCUGGUGGCGGAAGCGACGAGACUGCCGGCAACGACAAGACCAACGACAAUUUGCUCUUUUCAUGCUGCUGUGCUCGUGUUGGGUACAUGUGGACCACCGUGUGCGAUUGCUAUGAGAAGGCAUAUACUUGCAAUCAGGACUGUUUAGAACGAGAGCUUCGGCGAAAGGACCGGUACUAUGAAGCUGCGUUGGACAUUUACAAAAACGUUACUGCUAUAUACCCAGCUGAACUGACAGAGAUAUGGGUCACGGGCCACUCUUUGGGCGGGGCAUUGGCGAGUCUAUUAGGCAGGACAUAUGGAUUGCCUGCGGUGGCGAUUGAAGCACCUGGUGAAAUGUUGGCGAUGAAGAGAUUGCAUUUGCCGCAGCCCCCCGGGUUGCCCAAGCAUUUGGAACACAUUUGGCACAUUGGCAACACGGCCGACCCUAUUUUCAUGGGUGUGUGCAAUGGAGUUUCGAGCAGCUGCAGUCUUGCUGGGUACGCCAUGGAGACUGCGUGUCAUACUGGGUACCAGUGCGUGUACGACGUUGUCACUGAUUAUGGCUGGCGGGUGAAUCUAUUGAACCACCGAAUCCAUACCGUGAUUGACGACAUCAUCUUGGUUUAUAACGAAACGGCGCCAUGUGUAUACCAAGCUCCGUGUCGGGAUUGUUUCAAUUGGCGGUUCGUGACUCACGAUGAGUAUGAGUAG